UCCUAAGAGCAACCCCAUCAAGGGUUUAUAACAGGUUCAUGGGCUCAGUAUCAUAGGCCCGAGUAAUAAAAAUAAAUGAUUAAUUGGGUUUAAUGUCGCGACCCGCCUCUUACGAGUGACCCCGUCCGAUACGGGUUCACGACAGGUGUCGCAUUCUCACUGGAGAAGGGGAGUCGACGUCACGCGGUGGAAAGCGGAGAGAGAAUCAUUUCUCUCAUUUUCGCGUAAAAAGCUAGGGUUUCCUCCUCCGGCGAUUUCGCGUGCGACGCCGAUCUCUCUCCACUUUUCUCUCCUUUUCUCGAUCGAUUCGACGGCGGAUUGUCUCCUCGAGGAGCAGAGGUGAGUAUCGACUCGAUUCACCGUUUAUAUAGAAGAGUUUUGUAGUCGAAAUCGCUUUUGGGAAUUCUCGUAAAAAUUUCUGAUGUCGAGUUAGGGUUCGAAAUGGAGAUGGGUUUGGAUUUACGGUUGUAUAACCUCGGAUAGGGAUUCUAAUUAUCGCUUAUGGUUUGCGGAUUGAAAAUCAAAUAGGGGUUAUCAAGUUAGGGUUUAAAAAAAAAUUUGGGGGUUUCGAUAAUUGGUUUGAAAUAGUAAACUGGGUUGGAUAGACGGUUCGUUUGAUCGAUUAAUGGUUAGACUUUUGCGUAUUGAAAAUCAAAUAGGGGCUAAUCAUUUCAAGUUUUGUGUUUCAGAUGGAUCCCUUAGAAGAGAUAAGAGAUAGUAAGAGGCAACUAGAGUUCUUAAACCACCUGGGAGACGUGGCCGAUUCGGAAUAUGGGAUGCCCAGAAGAUGUGCUUGUGGUGGGAGAAUGAUUGACGAGCUGAGAGUGAAGGAUGAGUUCGACACUCAGCCUGGGAAGCGCUUCUUCAGCUGCGUUAACUACGAGGCUGAUGGUUUGCAUUAUCGGCAGCCUUGGGUUAUAGGUGUGCAGGAGGAGAUGGUACGCCUGCGUAAGCGUGUUGAGGAGGCUGAUGAGGUGAUAAAGGGGGUGCCCAUUCUCAAUAAACAGAUUGAGAGUGUUGAGGCACAAGUUAAAAGGCUGACUUUGCUGCUUGAUAAGCUCACUGGUGACGUGUAUAACCUCACAGUGCAGGUGGCUGCUCUGGAGAAUGUCUGUUUCGACUGAAAUCCAACAGGUGAAGGUUGUUGGUCACGGGUUCUGGAGGUCACGGGUUCUGGAGGUCACGGGUUCUGGAGGUCACGGGUUCUACAAGGUCACGGGUUCUACAAGCGCUUCUGCAGGUCACGUUUUUUUCUGAGGUUGAUGGGUUCUGCUUCACGGGUUAUCGUAGUAGUAGUAGUUGUACUCUAGUGUGAUGGGUUUUGCUUCACGGGUUUUGCUUCACGGGUUGUACUGGUGACAACAAUUUUUCAAGUACUUGUGGUUGUUUAUGCAAGUGUCACGGAUGUUGUAUAACACCACUAUAUAAUCUAUGUCUCAUUUAUUAGGAAAAAUGAUUGCUGACUACAUGAAGUAUCGACCAUCACAUAGCUAACCAUGCAAAGUAUACUAAUGUAUACCUAGUUACACGAAGUAUAUGUUAUGCAUGAUAACAUCCCUCAACUUAAUGAUGUUAUGUAAUUAACAUCACAAGUUUAAUUUUAUUCAUCCAAAAAAUAAUGUAGAUAUCAGAGACCGUUAAAUACCUCGUUUCAUCAAUUAAAAUAUGACCAACCCGACUGUAAUUUAACUGAAAUUAUAUUUUAACCCACAUUUUAAGAGCGUAACAAUUUUUUAUAAAUAUCUAAUGUACAAAAUCAAUAUCUUUUAACGUUUUUUGAUAUGUAGUGUUUUAACAUUUCUAUUUUGGUGUAUUAGAAAACUAUAUAAUUAUAUUAUUUAUAUUUAUAUUAAAUAUGUAAGUUAUAUAAGAUAUUAUGUAAUUUUUUUAAAAAAAUUAUUUUAAUAUGUUUUCUUAUGAACUUUUCAUAAAAUUUAUGUAAUUUGUUUGAUGAAUUGUUUGAUAUAUAGUUAUUUUUAAAAUUUUAAUUAGAAAAUAUAUUUGACGUCAAUUUAUUGACUCUAACAUUUUGUUUGCUCAAAACUUAUUUGAUGUCAAUUUAAAUCAAACAUAAUCUCACAUAUAUAAUUAUUAUAUAUGUACUUUUAAUAAUAAAAUAAUCUAAGAAUAAGUAUAUAAUAUGAAAGUUUUAAUAAGUUUAAAUGAAUGCAAUUUAAUAUAAACAAAAUAAUGCAUUAAUUUAAUUAUGGAUGAAUUUAAUUAAUUGUAUAUCAAACAAAUAAGAUGUUGGAGUAAGUAAAUUGAUAUCAAACAACUUUUAUAAUAAAAAUUGAUCAAAUAAAUAUAUAUCACACAACUAUUCAAAAGAAUUACACAUAUUUAAUUAAAAAUUAAUAACAAAACAGAUUAAAUAAUAAAAAUAAAAAUUAAAUAAUAUCUUGUAUAACUUUUAUAUCUAAUAUAAAUAAAAUAAUACAACUAUAUAGUUUUCAAAUACACUAAAAUAAAAAUUUCAAAACAAUACUUAUCAAAAUUUUAUAAAACAUAUUGGUUUAAUAAAUUAUAUUUUGUUAAAAAUAUUCUCACGCUUUUAAAAAGCGGAUCAAAACCUAAUUUUUGUUUAAUUACCGUUAGGUGCGCCAUAUUUUAAUUGAGAAAAUGAGAGACUUAAACGGUCUUUGACAUCCAUAUCACUUUUUGGAUUAAUGAAAUUAAAGUCGUGAUGUUAACCACAUAACAUCAUUAAGUUGAGGGAUGUUGCCAUGCAUAACAUAUACUUCGUGUAGUCUGGUAUACAUUAAUUUAGUUUGCAUGGCUAGCCAUGUGAUGGUCAAUACUUCAUGUAGUCAGCAAUCAUUUUUCCCAUUUAUUAUGCAUUGGUCUCAUAUUCUUGUUCAUCUCUUCUCUCUAAAACAAUCACAACACAACUCUAUUUCCCAUCUCUUAUCUAAACAAUCACAAGACAACUCCCAAACAUUCUUCUUCUAUCAAGCGCAAACAUUCUUCUUCUUAUCUAACCCCAAGCCCAAACAUUCUUCUUCUAUCAAGACAACCACAACACAAUCCACCCACGCCCACACAUUCUUCUUGUAGUGCUUUUUUUUUAAACACUUCAUCAUAUUUUCUUGUUUCAAAUUCAUCUCUUAAUUUUUUUUUUCUUCUAUCUUGUUUUUUUCAAUUUUUUCCCAUUUUAAUUUUUUUUUAAAAACUCUAAAUCAAUUGUUCUUCUUUUAUCUCUUUUUUUUUCUUUAUAAGAAAUGUCGUCCUCAUCGUCAGAUGGCGUAGAUGAAGCUUUUGAAGAAUUUUUUGACGAAGAAUUUGAUAAUAUCGUCGACUCUCUACUUGUACAAGCCAACAAACCAAAGAGACGAGCUUAUAUCGAAAGAGAUCGAGAACAAGGCCACAUUCAACUAUGGAAUGACUAUUUCCAGGAAAAUCCUACUUACCCACCGGACAUGUUUAGGCGGCGUUUUCGAAUGAACAAGCCAUUGUUCCUUCGCAUUGUCGAGCGGCUAAGUAAAGGUGUUCCAUACUUUCGGCAAAGACGAAAUGCUCACGGAAGGAAAGGCCUAUCACCUCUUCAAAAAUGUACGGCAGCUAUACGUAUGCUCGCAUAUGGUCAAUCGGGAGAUACGUAUGACGAAUAUCUCCGACUUGGUGAAAGUACGGCACUUUUAUGUUUGGAACAUUUCACUAAUGGGAUAAUAGACUUUUUUGGUGAAGAGUAUCUAAGAAGACCUACCGCGGAAGAUCUUCAACGAUUACUCGAUAUUGGAGAGGUUCGCGGGUUUCCAGGAAUGAUUGGUAGCAUUGACUGUAUGCAUUGGGAGUGGAAAAACUGCCCUACGGCUUGGAGAGGGCAGUACACACGAGGUUCAGGAAAGCCGACAAUUGUCUUAGAGGCUGUGGCAUCAGAAGAUCUUUGGAUAUGGCACGCAUUUUUCGGAUUACCAGGUACCUUAAACGAUAUCAAUGUUCUUGAUCGGUCUCCUGUUUUUGAUGACAUUAUACAAGGUCGAGCACCUAAAGUUAAAUUCAAGGUCAACAAUCACACUUACCGUAUGGCGUACUACCUUACUGACGGAAUUUAUCCGAAUUGGUCAACAUUUAUCCAAUCCAUCCCACUUCCUCAAGGUAAUAAAGCAGAGCUGUUUGCUAAACAUCAAGAAUCCACUAGGAAAGAUGUCGAAAGGGCUUUCGGGGUAUUGCAAUCGAGGUUUGCAAUAGUAAAAAACCCAGGUCGGCUAUGGGACAAGGAAAAGUUAGGGAAGAUUAUGAGAACUUGUGUCAUAUUACACAAUAUGAUUGUGGAGAACGAACGAGGCGGAUAUUCUCUAAGUGAUACUUCUCAGUUCGAGUCAGGAGAGUCAAGCAGAAAUUCGAAAGUCAAAAGGAGAGAAAGUUUGCAUUUGAAUAACAUGCUAGGCAUGCGCAAUGAAGUUCGGGAUUCAGGAAAACAUGAUAGUUUGAAAGCUGAUUUAGUUGAAAAUGUAUGGCAAAAAUUUGGUAACUUAGAUGAAUAAUCUUUGUAUCUUCAUCAAUUAUCAAUGUAAUGAAUAAAUUUUAUUUAUAAAAUAUAUUUUACAAUAUUAUAUUUAUCUUUUCAAAAUAAUUUCAAAAGUAAAAAAAAAAUUAUAAAUAUAUUAUUUAAUUCUUAUGAACUCCUAGAGAGGUUCACUAAUGUAGAAGCACAAUA